CCAAGAGGCCAUUCGACACCUUGGUUGGCUGGGAGAAUCAUGGCGCCGGUACCGAACCCGCGCAAGCCGACGACCAAGAUCCCGGCGGCGACGAAGCUCGAGAUCCUCGAGCGUCACAGCAGCGGCGAGCGCGUGCGCGACCUCGCUCUCGAGUACGGCGUGCACCACACGUCGAUCGUCUCGUGGGCAGCGCGCAUCGACAAGAUCCGAGCCAUCGCUGCCCGCGGGCCGCCUGCCAAGACGGCCUUUGUGCCCAUCACGAUCGCCACCAAGGUCGACGCCAUUGCGCGCAUACAGCGGGGCGAGCGCAUCCUCGCCGUGGCACACUCGAUCAGCGCGACCUCGAGCGCAGUCAAGUCGUGGGUCCGCGACGCGCCCCGGAUCCGAGCUGUCGCCACGGCCGCCGGCCUCGACGUAGCGCUCUCGCAGCCAAGCAAUGCGUUUGCGACAACUCGGCCAAUGAAGCGCGCCCGCUACGACGAGGUCGAGACAAAGGCGGACCGGUCGCUGGCGUCCUUCUACAACGAUGGCCAUGCGGCGUCUGCGAUGGACGAAACAGACGCAAACAUCAAGGACGUGGUCAGCGCCCCGUCUGCGCCCUUGUCGCCUGCGUGGGACUCGUCGCCGCCCUCGGCGCUGCAGCGAUCCCAGCGAUCGGUUGGCGCCAACGACCUCAUGACUGCAUACAACGACCACACGUUUGACGAAGCAAGCAUCAAAACCGAUUCCUUUUUGGACACUCGCGUGCUGGACGCCGACGAUGUCGACGACGACGACGACGACGAAAAGGCGACGGUCGGUGCGCACUCGCACGCGCGCCGGCACCACUGGAUCGCGUACAAGGCCGCGCAACGCCGGUGCGACUGCCCGCGCUGUGUCUAUGCGCGCUUUGAUCCGCACCGCGUCGCAGCGCCAGCGACCUACGCGUGCAAAUCCCGCGGCUGCGACGAGGCCUUUUCCACGCAAGGCGCGCUCGUGGCCCACCAGCUCACGGUCCAUCGCAGCAGCGUGUACCCGAUCUCGAAGCGGUCGCACAUGGACUGUCUCGAGACGCAGCAAGAGUGCAAGGCGGCGCCGCCACCGACCGUCUACAUUUUUUUGCAGUACGACCACCCCACACUUCCGCCGAUCCAGAACGUCGAUGUCAUGGCCGAGCACUGGCGCGUCAAGGCGCGCUGCGGCGGGAUCCAAACUCUCCGGCCGCACGAGAUCCGCCCGCGAAAGCGCAGCCGCCAAGUCGGCGUCGCCCGCACGGCCAAGAUGGAGCACGCGCUCUACAACGUGUUUCUCGAGGCGUGCAGCCGGUGGCAGUGGGGCGGCCACGACGAGCGCCAAGCGCAGUUUGAGGAAGCGUACGCUUUUUACGCGCGGUGCGUCGUCACCAAGCACCACACACCGACCAACGCACCGUCGUUCAACCUCGUGGGCCAAGGGCGCAACUGGCUACGAUCUGCCAACGACUUAUUUUAA